GCCCCGACUGGGGGCGGGAGGCUGGUGGAUAAAAAGCCCCCAGGGCGCCCCGAGAGGCCCGUUAGCGCUGCUCGGCGGCGGCGCCCGGCCCAGCCCCAACCUCUGGAUCCAGCCGGUGUCCCUGAAGCCACCAUGAUGCAGCCCCCACUGGCUGCCUUCUCUCUGUUCCUGCUUCUGUUGCUGGGCCAAGCCCCUUCCAGCAGGCCACAGCCAGCAGGCACCAAGAAGCUGAGGCUGGUGGGGCCGGCAAACAGGCCAGGGGAAGGGCGCCUGGAGGUGCUGCACCAGGGCCAGUGGGGCACCGUGUGUGAUGAUGACUUCGCUCUCCAGGAGGCUACGGUGGCCUGCCGACAGCUGGGCUUUGAGUCAGCCUUGACCUGGGCACACAGUGCCAAGUAUGGUCAAGGGGAGGGCCCCAUCUGGCUGGACAAUGUGCGUUGUUUGGGCACUGAGAGCUCGCUGGACCAGUGUGGCUCUAACGGCUGGGGUGUCAGUGACUGCAGACACUCAGAAGAUGUUGGGGUGGUAUGCCACCCACAGCGCCAGCGCGGAUACCACUCUGAGAAGGUCUCCAAUGCCCUGGGGCCCCAGGGCCGGCGGCUGGAAGAGGUGCGGCUCAAACCCAUCCUCGCCAGUGCCAAAAGGCACAGCCCGGUGGCUGAGGGGGCCGUGGAGGUGCGGUACGAGGGCCACUGGAGGCAGGUGUGUGACCAGGGCUGGACCAUGAACAACAGCCGGGUCGUGUGCGGGAUGCUGGGCUUUCCCAGCCAGGUACCUGUCAACAGCCACUACUACAGAAAAGUCUGGAAUCUGAAGAUGAAGGAUCCCAAGUCUAGGCUGAACAGCCUGACAAAAAAGAAUUCCUUCUGGAUUCACCGGGUUGAAUGUCUGGGGACAGAGCCCCACUUGGCCAAGUGCCAGGUACAGGUGGCUCCAGGAAGGGGCAAGCUUCGGCCAGCCUGUCCAGGUGGCAUGCAUGCUGUGGUCAGCUGUGUUCCAGGGCCCCGCUUUCAUCCCCAGAAGCCAAAGCCCAGGCACAAGGAAUCCCGUGCAGAGCAGGAGCUGAAGGUGCGCCUGCGGUCUGGGGCUCAGGUUGGCGAGGGCCGUGUGGAAGUGCUCAUGAACCGCCAGUGGGGCACAGUGUGUGACCACGGGUGGAACCUCAUCGCAGCCAGCGUUGUGUGUCGUCAGCUUGGCUUUGGCUCUGCCCGGGAGGCCCUUUUUGGGGCCCAGCUGGGCCAAGGGCUGGGGCCCAUCCACCUGAGUGAGGUGCGCUGCAGGGGCUACGAGAGGACCCUCGGAGACUGCCUUGCCCUGGAAGGGUCCCAGAAUGGUUGUCAACAUGUGAAUGAUGCUGCGGUGAGGUGCAACAUCCCUGACAUGGGCUUCCAGAACCAGGUGCGCUUGGCUGGGGGGCGCAACCCCGAAGAGGGAGUGGUGGAGGUGCUGGUGGAGAUGAACGGGGUCCCACGCUGGGGGACUGUAUGCAGUGACCACUGGGGGCUCACUGAAGCCAUGGUAACCUGCCGACAGCUUGGUCUGGGAUUUGCCAACUUUGCUAUCAAGGACACCUGGUACUGGCAGGGGACACCAGAGGUCAAAGAAGUGGUGAUGAGUGGGGUUCGCUGCUCAGGCACAGAGAUGGCCCUUCAGCAGUGUCAGAGGCACGGGCCUGUGCACUGUUCCCACGGGUCAGGACGCUUCUCAGCGGGAGUCGCCUGCAUGAACAAUGCUCCAGACCUUGUGAUGAAUGCCCAGCUGGUACAAGAGACGGCCUACUUGGAGGAUCGUCCGCUCAGCAUGCUGUACUGUGCCCAUGAGGAAAACUGCCUCUCGAAGUCCGCUGACUACAUGGACUGGCCCUAUGGACACCGACGCUUGCUGCGCUUCUCCUCACAGAUCUACAACCUUGGUCGGGCCGACUUCCGUCCCAAGGCCGGACGCCACAGCUGGAUUUGGCACCAGUGCCACAGGCAUUAUCACAGCAUUGAGGUCUUCACCCAUUAUGACCUGCUCACGCUCAAUGGCUCCAAAGUGGCUGAGGGGCACAAGGCCAGCUUCUGUCUAGAGGAUACAAACUGCCCCACAGGAGUUCAGCGGCAAUAUGCGUGUGCCAACUUUGGGGAACAGGGAGUGGCUGUAGGCUGCUGGGACACCUACCGGCAUGACAUCGAUUGCCAGUGGGUGGAUAUCACAGAUGUGGGUCCAGGGGAUUAUAUCUUCCAGGUGGUUGUGAACCCCACAAACGAUGUGGCAGAGUCAGAUUUCUCCAACAACAUGAUGCGCUGCCGCUGCAAGUAUGACGGGCAGCGCGUAUGGCUGCACAACUGCCAUACAGGCGAUUCCUACAGACCCAAUGCAGAGCUCUCCUUGGAGCAGGAACAGCGACUCAGGAACAACCUGAUCUGAAGCCAUUAUUGCACUCCCAGCUCUGCUUACACACCAGAUACCUCAGCUUACUGGAGCCAUGCCCUUCACAGAGCCCCGACUCACAGGACAAGGGGCUGCUGACAAGGAGCACUAAGAACCUGCUCAGGAAGCCUUCCACUGGCCAGACCAUCACCUGGGGAAGGCAGCACUCUAGCAUGGCUCUGGGCCUCUCCAGAGUGCUCAUGGCCUCAAGGCUCUGGCCAGAUAAGCCUUCUCUUACUCAAGGAGACUCAAUCUUUCUUAAAACUUGAUGCACAGGUCCCAGUUUCUGGAGCUCUAAGUUACUUAGGGAUGAACUGUGACCAAGGCCCCAAGUAAGUGGUGCUUUGCAAAUGCCCAGAAGGUGCAGAUGACAGAGUACAAGGAACACAGCAAGUGAAGUCAGUUCUCUCUGCUAUAAAGCUCUGUUCAAAAUAAGUGUCAAAGUCACGCCUGGCAGAGAGGUUGGUGAAUGCAGCCCUUCAUCUUAUCCUCACUUAGAACUCACGUCUCUUCCUCUGAAGCCUCCUCUCCUUAGCGUCUUUACCUUCAUUCUGUCACACAUGGGGGUGUUUCUAAUGCCCCUGAUCCCUCAGCCCCCCUCCAUUUCCUGAUGGAUCAAAAACCCCAAUUACGAGGCUGGGAAGCAAGUUUCACAGAAGUGAUUAAGACAGGGCCUUUACUGUGGAGCAGCAAGAGAUCAAAAAGACAGCUGAGGUCACAUAAACUCAGCCUCUGUCAGGACCUUUGCCAAGGGAGACAACAGGAUGUCCCCAUAUCUGGCAGGCAGUCCAGUCUCUUUUAAGAUCACCCACAUCGUAGGGUUAGGCUAAAGUUGAGGUUUAACCAAGGCUACUUCAUUGUAAACAGACUUUUGUGACUGAGAAGAAAUUGUUCAAUCAAGCCACUUUGCAGGAACAUGAAGACAGGUCUGGUAGAGUUAGGAACAGAAGACUGAGGAAACCAGAAGUAGGAACACUUAAUUUAGUCAAGGUCCAAGCCGGGGAAAGGCCACCAUCUGCAUGUAGGUACCUGUGCUCUGCUCUUGCUCAGGGUCUCCUUGGGCAUGUCUGGAUCUAUUCUCCACUGACAAACACAGAUGAUCCUUUUAGGUCUUUAUAAUGCCAAUAAAGGUUGCUCAAUAUGGACUGCUACAAAGACCAGACCAACCAGCUGUGCUUCUGUAGUGUCCAGUGCACUGCCCUCUGCCCUCUUCGCUCCCGAGCUGGAUGAGCAGGCACAGAACAGACUUCUGGGGACAGCCCACCCCAGGAUGUUUCUCAAGUCAGACACUAACCUACUUUGCAGUUAUCCUCUCCAGGCUCAACACUGAAACUAGGGUCAGAAAGGUUGAGAGGUGAACGGGAAAAAUGAGAAGGUACAAUCCAAAGACAGUAAGCUGUUGUAACAGAGGCUGCAAAACCAAAACUGAAAGGUAGCAGACAUUAAGUGAUUGACAGUACUCUCCUCCCCACAAUACAAGAGCUACCCUGAGAGUCAAAAGGACAUGUUUUGGGGUAUCUUCUGUGAAUACAAAGUGCCUUUUUCUGUCUCUUCCAUUCCCUCAUCUCUUUCAUUUGGUAUAGGAAGCCUUUUUUGGUGUAACAGUUUAGGUAAACAAGGGAAGGACUGAUUUCUUGUUGGAUCCAGCAAACAGUGACAACAUUAUACUCACACACGAAGCUAAUGGUCUGGGAAAGAAUGUGCAGCUAGCUGGAGGGUUGGGGUGGGAGUGAUGACUAGAUUUGGGCAGGGAGGUAACCCUGAGCUUCUUGUUAGAUCUAGUUUCCAUGAGGCCAGAAAAAGGCCAGGCGGACAGCCAUCAGCACUGGUUUUAGCCUCCCUGCCCACAUCACACAGUUGGUAGGUGCAGCCGGUUCUAAUUCCUGGAAAAAGCUAUACAAGGGCUGUGCUGUUAAACUUCUGAGUUGAAAGAGAAAGACACGGAAAGGCUGAUAGUUGGCAUGACUUAUAACUAGAUGAAGAAUGUUAACAGAAUACCAAGCACCAAAUUCCAGACAGAACCAAAAACCUCAGAAGACUUUCACCUUGGCACUCAAAGGCCUCAGAGAAACUGAAAUGCUAAGAAGCUCUCUCCUCAGAAGCUAACCUAAUGCUACAAAGAUAGUCACACUUUGAAGAGAAAACUAGAAUCGCAGAAAUUCUCCAUAUCCUGAGAUUCAGAUGUCCACCAUAUAUGUACAGUGCAGUACACAAGAUGUCAUCCUCAACAGCUAACACUUCCUUCACAGCAGCCAGAUGGUUCAAACAACUUAUUUCAGAGGUCUGUUCCAUGAGACAAUGGCAGCCACAUGCUCUCUCAUUAACUCCUUAUAAAAGUUUGGUUUAGAGAUAACCAAGGAUUUGAUCCUACAUAAGCUUGAGGCAGUCAGUUUUGGGCAAUGGCUGGUAUUUUUUUUUUUUUAAACCACUGGCAAAUACACAGAAGCCCCAACUACUGGAAUAAUAUAAGCAGAUUUUCAGAAGUAAAGAGCAAUGCCCCAUAACGUUCCAAUACUGACUUUAAAAAAUUUUAUUGUCUGAGACUGAUUGGAAGAGUAACCCUGAGGGUUAAAAGUAGCUAAUCAGCAGGUGUGAGACAGGCUGCUAGAACAUUACUGUUAGAAUGAAAAAAAAAAAGUUUUGGGAAUGGUGAGACUUACUAAAAACUGAGUAAUAAACAUUGGGCUGUGCAUGAUCAUUAACAAUGCCUUUUAAGGAAGGACACCAAACAGUUAACAGGAAGUACUUUCAUAGACAAGUGACAAGAACAGUCAUUUUUCCUUUUUUUUCCCCCUCCAUUCUCAAGGUUACUGCAAGCCUUUAAAAAUCCACAUACAGCAUAGGAACAUAGCUCAGAGGUAAAUGAUAUCCAGCACAUAUGUGGCCAUGAUCCGAUAUCUAACUUGGGGUAGAAUGUCAAACCAUGGCAAGUAUGUGCCUUAGAAGUAUCUCUUAGUAUACAGCCAUGCUGGAGAUGAAGCAAUGGCUCAGCAAUUAAGAGCCUGGCUCUUCCAGAGGACCCAGGCACAAUUCCCGGUAUCUAUGUGGUAGCUCAUAACCAUCUGUAGUUCCAGUCCCAAGAGAUCUGACACACUCUUCUGGCCUUCAGUUACCAGGAAUUCACAGACAUGCAUAAAAUUAAUAAUAAUAUAACAUAAAAUCAAAACAUGUUUAUAUUUAUAUAUUAUUAUAGUAUAUUUAUAAUAACACAAAAUUAUUAUUAUUAAUAAUAAUAAAAGCCAAUGCUGGAA